GUUGACAUUUAGUCGCAUGCAUCAUGUAGAAGGACCAUAUUAAACUAAUGCUACGUUUAAUAAUCCAAAGAAACAGGAUUUGCAGUAAAAUUAUCCCCGAUAUUGGAUUCUCUUAAGCUUAUUUUAAAUAUAUUUUACUGUCGUUCUGCAAGAUUCCAAACCAGUCGAAAGAAAUAUGCAAAGGACCCGCUUACAUUCUCGCAAGGUUUGCCCUCCUUCAGCAGUGCAUAGACAGAAGGCCCAACCUCAGCUCUCUCUCUCUUGUUCGAGAAAGAAUGAUUCUGACUCUGAACAAGAGCCUGACAUUAUAACCGGAAAUUCUCUACUCGAAGAAUCACAGUCUACUGAUUCAGUAUGUUCUCAGAGUUCCUUUCACGAUUCUGAGGAAAAGGUAGCUUCUCUUCUGAACAGAAGUAAAAAGUGGAAGCAACCUGAUCGUCAAAACGUGGAAGAAAAUGAUUUCACUUUACUAACUAAAUCUUCAGAUGAUAACAUAAACAAGAGUUCGCUACAAUAUAGUCCAUCUUGGAGAAAUAGCCUGGAAGGACUGACGUCUGAAAGUUUCCUUGAAGCACGAGAUUGCGUGACUAAACGUCACUCACUACGAAAACAGGAAAUUGAAGCAAAAUUACAAGAAGAACAACGUCAUAAACACGUAACACUAGAAAAGCCUGCUAAAAGGACACCGGAACCCCUAUCCCUUCUAUUGACCAAUCACAAGAAGGAACCGCAAAGAGAAGCUUUGCUUUCUAAAGAGUGCAGAAAACACUGAGGUGGCGAUAUAAAACCGCAAGUGACAGAAGAAAAAAAAAAAUAACAAUUUUAAUAAUGCAUUUUGUGUAUGUUAUGUUGAAGUAUACUAAUAGAUGUGUUAAUUAAACUGAUCAAAAAUAAAUCUUUUUUUCACACACAAAUAAUACUAUCUAAAAAUGAGAUACUUUUACGAAAGCCUACGAGGGAAGUUAUACAAAAUCUGCGCGUGUUUGGAUAUUUUCAUUUGUUUAGCCUAAGUUGGGAAUUAUGUAAAAUUGAGUGUUUGAUAAUUAAUGAUAAAAACGUGAUAUUUAGAAGCAGUUUGAUAUUAUUAUAUUUAUCCUAUAUAAAACCUAUAUGGGCAAAUAAUAUAAAUAUAGAUGUUUAUCAUACUAGCUUACAAACAUAAUUUUGACCUUAACGCGAUUUCCUGUGAAAACAGGUUACGCACAUUUCUUGAUAAUGUUACGUUUCUCAAAUUUACAG